AGACAACCAAAUCAACACUAAAAUCUCAAAAAUUGUCAUGGACGUGUCCGUUGGAUGCAGAAGGAACAUUUUCAUUCUUCCCUCUGACAGAAAGAUAAACAGAAAAUCAGGGAUGAUAAGAAGAGUUACGGUAAAUGUCUGGGGAUUUCUGGUUUCUCCAUGAUGAGAUAUGAAUUAACAGUAUCUGAAGGAAAACUUUAUGGGGUUUAGGAAGAGAUCAGAGUUCAUGAACAAAGGAGUAAAGAAGGGCCAGUACGAUUGCAACUGCCAGGUUCAGGGGUUCCUUGGAGUAGCAUUAAAGGCUCUGCAUUGGAUCUUCUCCACUACAUCCACCCUCACCGCCCGGGUAAAUUCCCUGAGAAAAGAAAACAGAAAUGAUGAAGGGAGAGUUAUAAGCACAAAGUGGAUUGAUCUCUUGAUUAUUUUGAGCUGAAGAACAUGGGCUCUGCUCCUCAGAUCCUCUUCACCUUCCUACUCGUAUCAAUUCUUAACCCCCAGCUUUUGAUGUCUGCUGCUUCAUUGAAUGCAGUAGAUUAUAAUUCCGGUGAACGUGGGCUGCAAGAGUUUUUCUGGUUGGAGGACACUGUGGAAAACCAGAUUAAAAAGGUUUCGGGAAGGGAUGAGAAUGAAGAGAUGAAGGCCAUCGUCUUAGACAAGUUCAGGUUCCUGCUUGGACUGAACAAUGCCAACAUACGAAGACCAAGAAAGCAUCACACUAGACAUGCAUUUGCAGCACCUUCUCCAGCACCCUCAGUUCAAGGUGAAGCUCCAGCUCCUGUUCCUAUGGCUCCUAUACACGUGCAACCUCAUCAUCAUCAUCAUCAUCAACGUCCAUCACCUCGUCCAAGUCCGACGCAGCCACCUCACAGUGCUCAAACUGGGAGUAGGAAUAAAGCUAGAGUCAGAAGAAUUGUUAUAGCAGUUGUUGCAUCUACAGCAACAACCUUGGUUCUCUCUGUUUUUGGGCUCAUCUUUGCUAUUUGGAAGUUCAAAAGAUGUUUGCCAGGGAGAUCAGCAAGCACAAGUAGAUAUAGUACAACAGAGGGCGGAUCCAGACGGAGAUCAAAAUUUGAGAGUUCCCCAAAUUCAAUAAGCAAGGUUAGUUUUGACCCUGGCCCUGAUCUUUUCUAUUUAAACUCAUUAACACCAGUUUCAGAGCUGGAAGCUUCUUGUGUAAAACACACUUGCGAAACUGUGGCCAUUUCAACCAACCAAGAAUCAUCAAAGUCUUCAUUGGUCAAAGUAGAUGAAUCAUGCAGAAGAGAAUCGAUAAAAGCAGAAUCUGAUUGUGUCAGUUGUUCUUCUGCUGAAGAAAUUCUUUCUGUACAUGCGCGUGUAGAACCGAUUGACAGUGGCAAUUGUUCAUCUACCAAUGAAAGUGUCCACCCUGAACCCCUCUUCUCUGAUAAUGAAUCAUUUCACUCCUUAUGUGACUCGCAUUCAUCAAAUGUGAGGCUUUCCAAUGCUUCAGAUGGUAGUCUGAGUGAUCCAUCAGAGGUUGGUUCUCUGCAAAGCUUCUCAAAUGGAUCUUCACCCAGUCAUGAUUUAAGAGAACCUACUCUGCCCCAUUCAGUGAAGUCACCAUCUCCUACAAUUACUCCAGGUCCAGAACCACCUCCAGAUUCAAAUUUACACUCUUCUCCCAAUUCUUCAAAUGAUAUUAAACAAAGCACAUUAAUAUCCCCUCACUCUUUGAAUUGUCAGCAAGAGGUGCCUCCCCCUCCCCCUCCUCCUCCUCCUCCGCCACCACCUCUUCCAAAUACACAUUUUUCUCAUUUUAAUUUUCAAACUUCUCAAUCAUCUGGUACAACAAGAGACAGACCUACAUUCUCGAGUUCUUGUACAAAGCCAAAUCUAUCAUCACCUCAGAAUUCAAAUUCAUCUUCAGGGUCAAACCAAAGCCCAUCUAACAACAAGCCCUCUUCUCCUAGCCCUACACCAAAUCAAACUUCACCAACUUCACUGGGUGAAAGUAUUCCUCCACCACCAUGCCCACCUUUGCCACCUUUCAGGCCAACCCCAUUUACAAAGGGUCAACCACCACCACCACCACCUUGCCUAUUUCCUCAAACUAUGCCAAUUGGAAAGAAUGGAGCACCACUGCCAAAACUGAAACCACUUCACUGGGAUAAAGUAAGAGCCGCCCCAAAUCGUUCUAUGGUAUGGGACAAGUUGAAAUCAAGUUCAUUCGAAUUAGAUGAGGAGAUGAUUGAAUCACUUUUUGGGUACAAUUUUCAAAGUUCAAGCAAGACUGAUGAAGCAAAAAGCAAGAGCCCAUCACCCAGCAAACAUGUUCUUGAACCUAAGAGAUUGCAGAACUUCACCAUACUUUCAAAGGCUUUGAAUGCAACUGUUGAGCAAGUAUGUGAAGCACUUAUUCGAGGGGAUGGAUUGUGUUUACAGCAAUUAGAGGCAUUAGUAAAAAUGGAGCCAACAAAAGAAGAAGAGGCCAAGCUCUCAAACUAUCAAGGAGACAUUAACGAAUUGGGAUCGGCAGAGAAAAUUGUGAAGAUGUUGCUUAGGAUACCCUUUGCCUUUCUGAGGAUCGAGGCCAUGCUCUACAGAGAAACUUUCGAAGAUGAGGUGGUCCAUCUCAGAAAGUCCUUCGCAAUGCUAGAGGAGGCCUGCAAGGAACUGAGAUCGAGCCCGCUGUUCUUGAGAUUACUUGAAGCUGUACUCAAAACGGGAAACAGGAUGAAUGUUGGGACGAUCAGAGGGGGUGCCAGAGCUUUCAAGCUCGAUGCCCUCCUCAAGCUUGCAGAUGUGAAAGGAACUGAUGGGAAGACCACAUUACUCCACUUUGUUGUCCAAGAAAUGAUACGAUCAGAAGGAAUCAGAGAAUCUGAGGUCAUUGUAAAGAAGAACAGUCCAAAAUUUAAGAAUAAAACUGUUGAGGAAAGGGAAGAGGAUUACAGAAGAAUGGGUUUAGACCUUGUUUCUGGUCUGAGUGUUGAGCUCUGCAAUGUGAAGAAGACAGCCACCAUAGACUUGGAUGUGCUGGCAAGUUCGGUCUCAACCCUAUCAGAUGGAAUGGUUAAGCUGCGGCAUCUAAUAUACGAGGAUUUGUCUAUAGAUGCUCAAAGUGAUAAUUUCGUUCUCUCAAUGAGAUCCUUCCUGAGUCACGCAGAGAAGAGUAUCAAAGAGUUACAGGAAGAUGAAGACCGAGUUUUACUGCAUGUAAGAGAAAUCACAGAAUAUUUUCAUGGGGAUGUGAGCAAAGAUGAAGCAAAUCCACUUAGGAUAUUCGUGAUUGUGAGAGACUUCCUGGGCAUGUUAGAUCGAGUGUGUAAAGAAGUUAGAAACUUGAAGACCCCAAAUGGUCAAAACCCUGUGGCUCCCUUCAGAUAGAAAAGAAUCAGCUUGUGUGCAGGUCUGUAUUUACCAAAAAACUAAAAUGUGUAACCUUUUUCA